AACUGACAUAUCAUUUAAAAUCUGGCAAUAAAUAUAAAAAGAUCUUACAUGAGAAACGUUAUGUGAACCUGAUGGUAUCUAAAUGGUAAUGAAAUGGGGAUGAUUUCUCCUGGUAAUUUUUAUAUUUUAAUGGUCAGAAUUAUAUUUAUCUAAACGGAACUAUAAAACUAUUAAAAAUAAAAUUAGAAUUUUCAAUAAUUAAUGAGUUUCCACGAAAUAAUGUGUCAGCUUCACACACACGCAAAAUAUAGAACUUUAACAUUAUUUUAUGUCCUAAAUUAGAAAUUAUAUGAAUAUUUAGUUUUAUAUUAAGAAAUUAUCAUGCAAGCAAUUUCAUGAUUUACUGAAAUGUACAUCCGUUUAAAUAGCUUCAUCCACAAUUUCAUUGAGAUUAACAACAAAAUCACUUUCUAUUCCUCAAAUAAUAGAAAGAAAAUGUUCAAACUGCAACUAAUAAGUUUUGCAAUUUACAUGCAAUUAACUUUUUACCUCAAUAUUUUGUAUUUUAUUCCAAUAUAUUCGCGACAUGAUGUUUGUUUCAAGCCGCCAUUUAUAUAGGAUUUUAAUAGUAUUACUCGCCGUAAGUGGCGUUACCGUCACUAUCUUGAAAUGACCUUGAAAAUGUCCUUCAAUGUAGUAUUACUUGGAAAUACACAUUUCAUUCAUAAAUUCUAUAACCUGUACACUCAAUGCUCCUGUUUUGACGAUUCGCAAAUGACAUUCUCGCUUCACGAGCGAGUAUGAUUGCGAUCACAUUAUGAAUAAAAUAUCCUGUCUGAAAGACAUGUGACGCACAAUAUAGUAAUGAUUAUUUGUUAUAUAUUGUAAUACAGUUUCUGAAAAAUGUCUGCGAUUAUAGAUGAUAAGAUUGUCGCAGGUGCAAAGAGUUCAAAUACUAUCAAAGAAGAUCCGAUCGUGGCGUUAACGGAAAGAGUAAAAGCUUUGUAUCUCUUCCGAGAUCGUUAUUUUGAGACGCAUUCUAUUGAUGAAGCAAUAAAAAAAAAUACUGAUGUGGAGAAGGAAAUGAAAGAUACAUUGAGCAAGUUUGAUGAAUGUAAAGGAUAUGAGAUUGAUGGCUCACGUGCUAAGUAUUAUUAUUUAAAGGGAAGGGCUUUGAACGUAGUCGAUCGUUUUAUCCCACAGGCGGAAGAACUUUUAAGUAAAGCGGUGAAAUUGGAGCCUAAAUUAAUAGAAGCUUGGAAUGAACUAGGGGAAUGUUACUGGAAAAAUGAUGAUAUUAAACAAGCAAAAAAUUGUUUCGUUGGUGCUCUGCAACAUGAUAGGAAUAAGGUAUCUUUGCGAAAUUUAUCAAUGGUGCUUAGACAGGAACAAACGUCAUCUGUCGAAGAGCGGAUAAAAAAUAUUCAGCAAGGAGUAGAAUAUAGCAAAGAAGCUGUAAGCCUUGACACAACUGAUGGAAUUUCCUGGGCAAUAUUAGGAAAUGCUUAUUUGUCUUCCUUCUUCAUAGUUGCACAAAACCCAAGUACGUUACGUUUGUGCAUGUCAGCAUACAUGCAAGCGGAAAAAGAUAUUAUUGCUAGAAGUAAUCCUGAUUUGUUUUAUAAUAAAGCAGUGGCUUUGAAAUAUCAAGAAGAAUAUAAUUUAGCAUUGCAAUCAUUCGAAAAUGCAAUAGCACUGGAUCCAUUAUGGGAAACACCGCGCAGUAAACGAGAUGAAUUGCUACAAUAUCUUAAAGAUAUACAAAAUUCGAUUAAUAAUAAUGGAUACGUGAAACCAAAAAGAUUGUACCAAUUGAUACGGGCAUUGGAUAUUAAACACUUGGGACCAUAUAAAGAUGGAGCAUAUACAUCUGGAGAUAAAUCUAUAAAGUUAGAUUUAAUUCCAUUACGAGAAUUAUCUCUUGGAUUAAAUACGGAGAAAGUCGUAUUUGGAAAGGUAAUUUGUUGGAUUCAAGAUUCAGAUUGCGUCCCAUUUGCUUUUUGUCUCGUGGACGAACAGAAGACAUACAUUAUUGUUACUGUAUAUAAUCUAGCUAAAGGCCGAGGAGUUACGGUCGGAGAUUCUGUUGGUAUACCAGAGCCCUUUGUUGUACAUCAAAAAUUCUCUCAUAUGAAUAAUGAUUUUGACUAUAGGUCUAUUCGUGUUGAAACUCCAAUUGUACUUGUAGUUAAUGGAAGAAAAUUAGGUCGAGAACAACAAGCCAGUGCAAAUUUGCAAACUUUUAAAAAAACAGAUUAAAUCUAAACAAUACGUUGGUUGAAUAUUGAAUCACAUUUCUCAGUUACAAAUAA